AUGCACAACAUCACCUCCCCAUCUUCGGCCUGCGAUGCCAGUUCCAUACCCUACCCAACGGUUUUCGGUGCCACUAUCCUCGACCUUACCGCUACGCCUGUCACAAACUAUACGACCGAAGUCUCCGACCAGUUCUACUACAACCAUCCAUCCAUUUCGGUACGCGGCAUUGACUACUGCAACAUUACCAUUACAUACACGCACGAAGGUCAGAACGACACCAUCAACGUCGAGACAUGGCUUCCAAUGAAAGGAUGGAAUGGGCGACUUCAAUCCGUGGGAGGGGGAGGUUACGUUGCUGGACGAUUUCCACUAUCGUAUAUGGCGAUGAGCGGCGCGCUUGGAGAGGGAUAUGUGGCAUCAACGACGGAUGCUGGCCUGGGAUUGAGCUAUGUUCCGGAUCCGUGGGCGUUGAACAGCCCAGGUAAUGUUGACAUGUAUGCGCUCCAAAACUUGGCUGCCGUAUCGCUCAACGACCAGUCGCUCAUUGCAAAAGACGUCAUCAACUCCUUCUACGGACAACCUGCUAAAUAUUCGUAUUGGAGCGGAUGCUCUCAAGGAGGCCGCCAAGGCUUCAUGCUCGCACAGCGCUACCCUGAGGCUUACGACGGUAUUGCUGCAGCAGCUCCAGCAUUCAAUUGGAACCAGUUCAUCCCCGCAGCGGCAUGGGCACAGGUGAUGAUGUCAAUAAUGAGGCAGUUUCCAACAAAAUGCGAAUUGGACUCCCUCACCGAAGCCGCUGUCGCUUCCUGCGACGCCCUCGAUGGUGUGACUGACGGACUGAUCAGCGACGUGGACAAGUGUUCUUUCAAUCCGUUCACGAUGAUCGGUAGCGUGCGCAAUUGCACUUCGACGGGCAAAUCGGUCACCAUCACCGAAGCAGCUGCAGUAAUUGCAAACGCUACAUGGGAAGGCCCGCGUGGUCCGAACGGCGAGUUCCUUUGGUACGGUGUUGACUAUCAAUCUCGGCUCACUGGCAGCCCUAAUCCAACGGGUACUACCUCUGACUUAGGUUACGCGGCGACAACGUGCAAUACGAAUGGCACAUGCACCGGAGCUCCAACUGGACUUGGUGAAGGAUGGUUGCAGCUCUUCGUCAAGAAGGACCCCCAGUGGAACUAUACGCUGAUCAACUCGGUGGAGGAAUACACACGCCUUUUCAAGUCUGCUAUGCAGCAGUACGACUCUAUCAUCGGAAGCGCGGAUCCAGAUCUUUCAAACUACCGCAAAGCGGGCGGCAAGAUCAUUACCUAUCACGGCCUGGCCGACGGACUUAUCCCACACAAAGGCACCACUGACUAUUAUAACCGUGUCACGAAGCUGGAUCCCAACGUCGACGAUUUCUUCCGCUACUUCCAGGUUCCUGGACUAGCGCAUUGCUCUGGUGGAUCGGGUGGACAGCCUACCUCCACGUUCCAGGCUCUUGUCGAUUGGGUGGAAAAGGGUACCGUGCCGGAUACAAUUCCAAUCAACUUCAAUGACACGUCUGGAACACAGUACGACAGGUUCUUGUGCCCCUAUCCGAUGAAGACACGCCUUGUGUCGAAGGACGGCGAUGUCACGAAGGCGCAGUCGUACGAGUGUGCUCCUUGA